AACCAUAAUUGACAUGCUAAAUAAUUGGCUAUGCCAUGUCAACGCAUUCAGUACGCCAUUGAUCGAUGAUUGAUUCGGAUAUUUGGCGAUUUUGUUCCGUGCUUUAAAUAGAGACACAUAAUUUCAGUUGCGUUUCAAUUAUUCAUUUUUGGACACAGGCACAUUGAACGUGACAAAAUGAAUGGCAAUGACGACCCACGAUACAAUACGGACAAGUCGUCAAUGGAUAUGCGAAAAACACUGACGGCUCUGGAAAGAAACACCCAUAAGUUUGUCCAAGAACACAAUGAUCUGUCAAAGAAAGCCGAGCACCUCAAAUACAAAUGCUUCAUCGAGGAACGCAAUGAUUGCCGAUCGGGACAAUCAGACCCACGCUAUCGUGCAAGCAGUGUUGGACAAGAAUUGCGCGAAACAUUAUCGACGCUUCAAAAAACCACGUACACAUUCAUUCGCGAACACGAUGAACUGGCAAAUCGAGCCGAAUACUUGAAGUACACCGAUUUCGUUAGGCAACGUGAAAAGCACAAUGAAUAAACAACUCAGGCCAAACGUACAACAAAAAACGUUAAAUUUCAUGGUUCAGCGGAUCUAUUCAACCUGCUAAUUUUAGUUGUACGUUUUAGCAAAUCGAAAUCAAUCGUUGCAUUGUACCGAAGCCAAACCGAUUGAAAUAAAUACAACAAUAUCGUGUAUUUGCAAAUCAAAAAUGUUUGAUAUUUUCCUGUUUUUUUCUUCGUAUAAUCAAAUCUAUAACCAAGCAUAACAACGGCAUGAAUCGAAUGUUUCAUUUCAGUGGCAAGUCUCAUGCUUGUUCGCAAAAUGCAAUCAAACUUUUGACUGUCAGCUGUUCUUCUGUUGUUGUAUGA